AUGGCGACGAAAUGCCGUGUAUGUUCUUCAGUAAUUAAUCUUUUCCUCAUAGUCCUUUUACUCUUAGACGUCUUUGUUCACUGCAAGACCCUUAAAAGAGAUGUGAAGGCGUUAAAUGAAAUAAAGGCAUCAUUGGGAUGGAGGGUGGUGUAUGCAUGGGUAGGAGACGAUCCUUGUGGAGAUGGUGAUUUACCCCCAUGGUCUGGUGUGACAUGCUCCACUGUGAGCGGAGGUGACUAUAGAGUGGUCACUGAAUUGGAAGUUUAUGCAGUUUCUAUUGUUGGUCCUUUCCCAAUUGCAGUUACCAAUCUGAUGGAUCUUACUAGGCUGGAUCUACAUAAUAACAAACUCACAGGGCCAAUUCCAUCUCAAAUUGGGCGGUUGAAGCAUCUUAAGAUACUUAAUUUGAGGUGGAACAAGCUGCAAGAUGCCGUUCCUCCUGAAAUUGGUGAACUAAAGCAGCUAACUCAUCUCUACCUGAGUUUUAAUAAUUUCAAAGGUGAAAUCCCAAAGGAGCUUGCAAAUCUUCCUGAACUCCGUUAUCUCCAACUUCAUGAAAAUCGUUUGACAGGGAAAAUUCCACCUGAAUUGGGAAAUUUGCAAAAUCUGCAAUACUUGGAUGUUGGAAACAAUCAUUUGGUUGGGACUAUAAGGGAACUCAUACAUAUUGAAGGAUGCUUCCCAGCUCUACGUAACAUGUAUCUUAAUAACAAUUAUUUUACUGGAGGCAUUCCAGCACAGCUUGCAAAUUUGACUAACUUAGAGAUCUUAUAUUUAUCCUACAACAAAAUGUCUGGAAUUGUACCAUUUGCGCUUGCUCGCAUUCCUAGGUUGACUUACCUGUAUCUGGAUCACAACCAAUUUUCAGGGAGGAUUCCCGAUGCCUUUUACAAGCACCGGUUCUUAAAAGAAAUGUACAUUGAAGGAAAUUCAUUCCGGCCUGGUGUGAACCCAAUUGGCAUCCACCAAGUCCUAGAACUCUCCGACUCAGAGUUUAUAGUCUAG